AUGAUAGCCAAAAUGGCUUUGUAUGCCCCAGAAGUCUGGUAUUCGAUUGUCACAGGGCUGGAACGCCCUGAUACGGCAAAAAACGACUGGCACAACAUUGGUGUCGCGUUUGAUGCGAGCUCCAGACUCCGGCGUGCUGGCAUUGAGUUUUAUCAUGCCCGGCUAUCUGAGAAAUGGCUCAAAACUCAAGGUGGCACGUCUUUUGUGUGUCACCUUCAAUGUGAUGAUGACGUGUGGAGGGAAGUGGUCACUAGCGACGAACUCCGUCGCCCCAUUGCCACAGAGGUGCGUGUUGUGGCUGUAAGUGACACACACUUGCUGCACAACGGCUUGCAGAUUCCUGCGGGUGACUUGUUGGUGCAUGCUGGAGAUCUCAGUUUUGAGGAAUCGCGAUCCAAAGACGCUCGUGAUUUCAAUGCAGCAUGGAAAGACCUGAAGCAUCGUGACUACGAAGAUUUUCUGCGUUGGUUCCGAUCAUCAGGGCUAGAGCUGGCUCAAGCGCUGCACUGGCUGGGAAGCGUGUCAUGUUUUGAGCAUCGCGUCCUCGUUGGUGGAAACCAUGAUUAUAUCUUGGAACAGAUUGGGGAGUCGCAUGCACGAAAACUUUGCCGUGCGUUCAACAUAUGCUAUCUUUGGACCGAGCGUGCGCCGCAACAACUGCAGUUCCGGAAUGGCUGCAAGCUAAAUGUUUGGGGUUCUGGAGUGUCAGCAGCAUCUGGCCUGAGUGAGGCUCGUGCCGCACUUUCGGGAAAUGUGGCCUUCCAGCUGGACAUCGACACCGGCGAGCGUGUGUUUCAAGAAGAGACCAUGUCUCUGUCAGCCAGCUCUGUAGAUGUUAUGGUCACUCACGGGCUGUACCGUGUCGUGAGUGAGGCUGGUGGCCGCUUGGUGCUGCACCAUGUGACCACCAACCUCCGGCUCGUCAAAGCUUUGCGCUUCAUCCGCAGCUGCUUGCAUCGCCCGCCACUGGCUCGUAGUGCACAUGUGGGUCUCAAGUCGCAAGCGCGGCCCAUUUCUUCAAUGGUUCCUGACUCAUGGCUUGGAUUCUGGCACUGGGCACAUGAUGGGCACAAAGUGAACGGUAGCAUCACGCUGGAGGAAGAAGAUGGCAAAAGAACUCUUCGCACGACUUUUGCUCGCUGUACAGGGACAUGGUGGCCAAAUGGUGAGGACGAGGAUGCAUCAUCUGUGGUUAUUGAAUGGAUGUCAUCACAUACCCGUGUACGCCACACCCUAACUGCCGUGGGCUCAGCACAUGAUGGAACUGUCAGUGUUGUCUCGGAAUUCCGCGUUGUGGCGCGACAUCGUCCAAAUGAAGAAAGAACCGGGAGCUUGACAUGGUCGGCAGACAAGCGCCCGAUCAAAACACGCGGCUGGCGCGAGCAGAUCGGUCGCACAUGCACACAAGCACUGUGCGUGAGCUCAAGGUUGAGUUCUGCAAAGAGCUACGUCUGUCAAGAAGAUGCUUCCGGCCGCGGACUCUACCAAUCUCCUUGUCCCAUAUGUCGACGACCCCUAAACAUGGCGCUCAGCGGUUGCUCCAAGACUGAUGAGUUGACCGUGACAUCGCCCUUUUCCUCGAAGCUGUACCAGUGCACAGAAGAGAUUAGAGCAGGCGGGCCUUGUGUUUACACCACCCACUGCUCAAAUUGUAGGCGGCCAUUAGAGGUGUCCAAGGUUGCAGGAACAGGCCGAGGUGACGAUCGAUUCUUUCAUCGGCCAUCUGUUGGCACUUGGCUGCAGCCUCGCCUUGGGCGAAUGCCUUUGCACACUUUGAGUCGCUCAAAGUUUGCGUAUGCCAGCCUAUUGUAUGGAAACUCAGUGGAGUACAUUCGUGACGCAAGGGUCUUGGGGUUUUCUCUUCGGCGAUCAGCCACUCCGCAUGACCUCGUGCUUUUGCACACGGAUGAUGUUCGGCAAGAGUACUUGGAUGUGCUUGCAGACCUGUGGAGUCUGCGUUGCGUGGACAGGUUGGAAGGUGCGGACACCCUUUUCACUCCCAACAGCCGGUUCCGCGGUGUGUUCACGAAAUUACAAGCCUGGACACUCACAGAGUACGAUAGAGUCAUUUUACUGGACCUGGACUUGUUGGUGCAGAAAAAUGUUGACGACUUGUUUGAGUUGCGCCCACCAGCGGCAAUGUGGGUGGCUGGCGGACAAGUCCAUGGACAGCUGAUCGACGCCCCUCCACCCUUCAAGGGCUUUCACCCUGUGGAGCCUUGGGGAAAAGCUGGAUGCGUGAAGGGCCCAGUUGAUCAGCCCGGUGUUGGUCCAGCCCUCGUGAAACAGCAGUGUGUCAAUGCAGGGGUGAUACUCCUCAAGCCGGACCGCCAGGAAUUCGAGCACAUGAAGAAGGAAGUGGAAUGUCGGGAGCAUCCUGAGCACAUAGUCACAUCCUCACCGGAGCAGGACUACCUUACGCGUUAUUUUUGGCACACACCGCACUGGACUCAUAUUGAUGUGUCUUACAACUUCCAGGUGCACCAUCUUGCUUUGAGGCUGCCCGACAGCCAGAAAGACUGCGAACGCAGGCAGGUUGAUUUCGAAGAUGUGCGUAUCAUCCAUUUCUCUGCCCAUCCUAAGCCCUCACAGCGUGAUCCCGGUGUGUCAGUAACAGAAUUUGCGGAGCAGAUGAUGGGACGGUAUGAAGGGGUGUUGAUCAACAUCAAGCAUGAUCCUCAGCAGAUUGAGCGCCGCAAUAGCACUCGCAAGUUUCCAAAGCUGGAGUUGCGUACAGACCUUGACUCUGGUCACACGAAGCUGUUCGAGGAGAGCGGUGCCAAGGUAGGGACCCAGGAGAGCGAUAAUGUGGAUGUGCAGUUCACGGAGAUCACUGUGGCCCCAGAUGAGUUACAGAGGUUCCAAAAUUUUGUUAGAAGCUGUGUGCAGGCUUGGGCAGAUGCUGAAGAGGAGUGCAAGAAAUGCCACGGGUCCCCUUUAGUGCUAGAAUCCUUCCCAGCAGAAGUGGGAAGCCACUUGCGGGGUAUUUGUGUUCAGUGGGACCGUGCAAGGGGCUCGGGCCGCAUUGCUGCAAAAGAUGGCAGUAAACCGCUUUUUGUGCACCACAGUCAGGUGUUAGAGCGAUCAAGCGGUGGCCGAGCAAAUCUCACAGUGGGUGAGCAUGUCUCCUUUACAGUGGGUCUUGAUGAGAAGCAGCGGCUGACAGCCACAGCUGUAACAAAAGAGCCAGUCUUAGCCCAAAAUGAUGAUGUCAAGGAGGAUCCCCAGGCAGUGCAAGCGACACCGCAAGAGGCACAGCGGGAGACUGCUGUGCCGAUCUUGCAGGAGAGAGUGUGCGGGCAUUGCACAUCAUGGAAUGCAUCUAAGAGAUUCGGGUUUGUUUCUUGCAUGGUUGAAGGCCAGAUCAAGGAGAUCUUCCUGCAUCACAACGAUGUUUUGAUGGAUGCAAAGGGAGGGAUCUUCUUGGUCAAGGGUCAAGUGGUAUAUUUCCACAUUAUUAAAGACCCACAGGCCAAGGGUAAGGACACGGACAGGCCAAAGGCAAUCUUGGCCGUUUCCAACGAGAAAGACGAGGAGUUCGUGCGAGAGGUCCAGGAGUUUGCUAGAUCAGAUGCUUCUUCAAAGAGCUUCCCUCCAGGAACGCCAUGGCAAAGAAAGUUGCUACACGAGAUCGCUAAAGCAAUGCACUUGUAUUCAAGGUCUGAAGGUGAGGGGAAGGAGCGUUUCGUGCGCCUGACCAAGCAGGAAGAAGCUGGACCUUCUGGUUCUGAGAUCAAGAUGUCCAAGCUCCAAGCUCACAUUGAGGAAAUAGCACAGACACAGAGCCACAGCGACUGGCGAGUGCUUGUCAGAGAGUUGACGGGUCAUGAGCGUGAGCUUCUGAGGGAGUUUUGCAUGCAGCGGGGCCUGCAGCUGUGUCGGGUCGAGACUCCACAAGGUGAGCCUUGCCAGCACUUUGUCUGCAAGCAACCUGCAGCACCCUCCUGUUCAAUUGAGGACACUCUUUUUUGA